GUACUAUGCGGGAACUAGCGUGCAGACGGUCCACUCGUUCACGAAAGAAAUGCCUCACUGAGCACUCCCUUUUUCCUGCUCCGUCGCCACGCAGGCCGGCGCGCAUCGCCCAUUUCUUCUUCUGCUCUUUUUGGUGCAGGCACCUUUAUUGAAGAGAUACACGACAAGGUUCAUCAGUUUCUCGUCGAGCCUCGUCCCGGUUGCUGUUUGGUGUUGGAGGAAACACUUGAAUAUUCGGGAUAAAAAGAUUCAGUGGCGAACGUUGUGAAAGAGAAGCCGUCAUGGCCCAAGUCGAGGAUCAUGUUGCACGCAAUCUCAGCCAGUUGCCCGACUUCGGAGUUGAGCUAUCUUCCAUGGAAUUUACUAGCGUAAGAGCUUUUUCUCAGACUCUCAAGUGUUUACUUGAAAGCUGGAAAACAAAAAUUUAAAUGUGACUUUUUAUUUAUCUGUCCUUUUUUUUAAAAAAAUUUGUCUUUCUUGUGGUGAAACAAGUGGCUGGACUGGAUGGUGAAAAUUCGAGACCCUCGAGAUUGCUGGAAGUCGCAGCCGACGUAUCUUAUCUCGGAGCUGACCUAUUUGACCAUCGGACUGCUCACUUUCAUCCACUCUAGGCGAGUGGGUGGUCGUUUUAAGUAUUUAUGGCUGGCAACUAUUUUUCACGGACUGACCGUAGAAUGCGUCGCUUAUUGGCUUCCGGAUAUCGACAACUUUUGGCACUCUCAGACGACCAUCGUUCUGCUAGGCAGGCGACUGCCGAUUCACAUUAUGAUGCUUUAUCCCGCGUUUAUCUACAACGCUUCGGUGGCCAUAUCGCGCCUCCGACUACCUAACUGGGCUGAACCAUUUGCAGUUGGAAUUUGCGUGGUCUUAAUCGACAUCCCUUAUGACAUUACGGCAGUGAAAUUCCUUCAUUGGACAUGGCACGACACGGAUCCGAAUAUUUUUGACCGACAUUACUGGGUGCCUUGGAAUUCAUUUUACUUUCACGCCACUUUCGCGGCUUCUUUUACCUUUUGGUUUCAUUGCUGGAGGCGUUUGAUCAUUGGAAAGUCCGCUGACAAAUGGGUGGCUGGAGAUGCCAAACGCGAGAUGCUGUGCGCCGUAUUAACCGGUCUUUGCGGAAUGCCCGGUGGCGUCCUUCAAUUCAUCCCGUUCUAUCACCCUCUCCAUGAUAUUCUUGGUGUUCACACGGAAAACUGUGUCGCCCUCUUGGCAUUGACGUUUUUCCUGAUUGCGUGGUCGGCAGAUCGUAACCCCGCUCCUGAUGCUAGAAAAAGUCCAGGUUUGAAAGGCUUCAACGAAUGCGUCUUGAGUUUGAUUCUUCACUACAGCUGCUAUUUAAGCACCGUACUCUUAUUUAAACCCGAAGACGAAGUAUCCAUUGGCGUUCACGAAAAGACUGGCCCAUGCAAUGAAACUUCUCCCAUUCAAACAGCUUUCGGAAUGACUUUGAAAAAACGCAAAUUUCUCUGCACUUCCGACUAUGACGAGGGUUACUUCGAUUUUCACUGCCUGCCUGGCGGUAAGUCUCCUUCCGAUGGCAUGGAGUUCUACACUGCUUGCGGCACGCCCUUUCCUAACCACGCCGAAUACAUAGUCGUCAUCGCUGGCAUUUGCUGGAUCGCUUCCCUCAUUUUUCUUAAUCUCCACUUUCGUUCGGGCUCGGAAGCAGUCUACGGUAAUUCGAAUCCAACCGGAUUAGCCGAGAAAAAGAAGAAGAAGAAGUAGGAGAAAUUCAGAAUGCUAACACUGCCAUUCCUUUAUUUUACGGUGUACUAUGAAUGGAUGAUACGUGAGGAGAAUCUUUCAUGGAAGUAAUAUACAAUUUAAGGUUCAA